CGGGUGAUCGAGGAGGGCAAGGCCUUCUUCGACAUUCCCAUGGAGGAAAAGUACGACGACUAUACGGCCCCUCCUCCCCAUGCGCUCGGGUUUAUGAAGCUUGGCAACUGAACGGCUCGGCAGACUCAAGAUCGAGAUGAAGAACGCGCCAUCCUUCCUUGGCUACUCACGCCUGUCGGCAGAGAUCACUGCGGGCGCAAUCGACCAUCGCGAGCAGAUUGACCUGUCGACGGAGCACCCGCUGCCCGGGCCAGACGCACCGAGGUACUACAACUUGCUGGCGCCGAACCAGUGGCCGUCACCGGAGGUGCUCCCCGACUUCCGGCCCGUCUUCACCGAGUACAUGAAGCGCAUGGGCGAGAUCUCCAUCUACUUCACCAGUCUGAUCGCCGAGGCCAUCGAGCUUCCGAGCGGGGCUUUCAACAAGUACUUUGACGCCGACCAGCAGCACAAGCUCAAGAUUGUCAAGUACCCGGACGUGGGCGAGCUGGGCGCGGAAGGGAAAGGCGGGAACCAAGGGGUUGGGCCGCACAAAGAUAGCAUGCUUACCUCGUACCUCCUCCAAGCCACGCACCACCGGGGCCUGCAGGUGCAGAACAUGCGCGGCGAGUGGAUCGACUGCCCGCCCAUCGACGGCACGCUGGUGGUGGCCAUCGGCCAGGGGCUCGAGGCGCUCACGCAGGGCGUGUGCGUCAGCACGACGCACCGGGUGCUGUCCCCGGCCGCGGGGGAGGGCCCGCGCUUCUCGAUCCCCUUCUUCCAGGGCGUCAGCGGCGACGCGAGCUUCGAGGACCUCGAGACCGUCGGGGUCGGGCAGGUGCCCGAGCACGUCCGGGAGCAGCGGAGGGCGGUGCUGGAGCGCAACGGCGGCAGGCGGCUGGACGACGUCGAGUUCACCUUCCGCAGGGGCGGCGCGGCGCGCACGCUGGGCGAGGCCACGCUGCGGAACCGCGUCAAGAGCCACCCGGACGUCGGGGAGCGCUGGUACCCGGACAUUCUGGAGAGCCUGAGGGCGGAGCAGCAGCAGAAGGCGGGGAAUGUGGGGGUUGCGGCGGCAUAAAAAACGUGGUGAGGCAGCAGGGCAAAGGCUCUCGAGAGCAUCUCUCAAGAGGCGGGCGGUGGAGAUUUUUUUUUUUUUUUUAUCACGGAGGUUGGUGUUGUUGGACCGCGUUCUGGAGGUUGGCUGUGCUAGGCCCGCAGACCCGAGACACCUGAACACCUGGACUCCGCCCGCCCGCCGGUUUGUCACAUGCAAGAAGAAUAAAAAAAAAAACAUCAAGCAAAAGAAAGCCAGACAUGGGUUGGCUUGGCAGGGAAAUUCAAACUGUUAACGCCCUUCCAUCUACUACGCCUUGUCAGUAACCCAAGAGCUUGCCCAGUCGUCUCAACCCCCCUC